ACAAGAAAAGGAGAAAAGCAAAUAAAGCUGUAAAUGCCUCCCUCCUUUCUUUUAAAAUACCAUCUAAAUUCCUAGCACACACAAACCAUACAGUUCAUAAAGCUCCACCAAGUUUUAAAUCAGAGCGAAGAAGAAGAAAACAAGUGAAACAAGAUCAAACAAAACCACCACCACCAUGAAAGGAAGAGAAGCCAAAGGACCUCCAUCAACUGAUCUCUUAGUAUGUUUUCCAUCUCGAGCUCAUUUAACUUUAAUGCCAAAGCCCAUUUGUAGCCCGGCGAGGUCAUCAGAGCCCAACAAACGCCACAACAACACCCACCACCACUAUCACCAUCACCACCACCACCACCACAACCACAACCACCAUCCAAAGAAAUCAACCUCCAGAAGUAGUGUUGGGCAAGCUAGCCCUCUCUUAUGGGCCAAAAACAAGCAAAUGGGUGGUCCGGAGAUCACGGAACCAACCUCCCCAAAAGUAACCUGCGCUGGACAGAUCAAAGUGAGGCACAAGACAAGUGCAUGCAAGAGCUGGCAAUCAGUGAUGGAAGAGAUUGAGAGAAUUCACAACAACAGGAAGCACAAGAAAAAGCCUACAUGGAUUGAGUCUCUUGGGUUCAAGAAAGAUAUCAUGCACUUCUUAACAUGUUUAAGAAGCAUACGAUUCGAUUUUCGGUGUUUUGGUGCUUUCCCACAUAGAGAAAAUAUUACAACUGAUGAUGAUGAUGAUGAUGAAGAAGACGAGGAAUGUCAAGAAAACCCUGAGGUUGUAGAAGUAAGUGAUGGUAAUGAGACACCAAGAACCGUUUUUUCUAAGUGGUUUAUGGUGUUACAAGAAAAUCAAAGCAAUAAUUUUUACAAAGACGAAAGAAAUAAAGAUAAGGAAAGGUGUUCUCUUGAUGAUGAAUCAGUUGGUGCACCUGCAGCUCCUCCACCAAAUGCUCUGUUGCUUAUGCGCUGCAGGUCAGCUCCUGCUAAGAGCUGGUUAGAGGAAAAAGAAGAAGAAGAACAAAAAAAGGAAAAAGUAGAUGACGAUAAAGAAGAAGAAGAAGAAGAAGAAGAAGACAGAAAAAAAGAGGAGAAGAAAACAAAAAAUACAAAGAAUUUGAAGUCGUUAAUGGAAGAAGAAAAGAGAAAUAAUAAAGAGAACUUGGUAGUGACGAAAAAUGACACUGAUUUCUACAAAAUUUCAUCUGAUAUAGCAAAAGAGACAUGGAUUGUUGGCGGCAUGAAAGAUCUAUUAUCAAGAAGUCGAAGUUGGAAGAGAUGAUUCCUCAUGAUCAUCCUGGUGUCUGCUACUACUUUUCUCCAUUUCAUUUUCAAUUAUCCUGCUAGUUAAAAUUUUAUCUUACCUUUUUUACUUUUCCUUCUUCUUUUUAAAUACUUUUAUGUGGUUUGUUUCUCAUCAAAAAUAUAUUCCCUAUAUAAGUCGUUGUUUGGAAACUGGGAAAACCAUCUUCCUCAUCAUCACCAUAUCUAUAGCUUACUUUUAAUUU